AGGGGGCAGUAGCCAGCGAGUCGCCGCCGCGCCGCGUGGAGGAGAGCGCGAGUGAGCCGCGCGGACUGAGUUAGUGGCGAGAGUGGUGGCGGUCGGCUGCGGUGGUGCUCGUAGUCGUCGUCGUCGUUGGUUCUUGUUGUUCUCGGCGAGUGAGCGGCUUAGCGAGUGCGUGUCUGGCUGGAGGCGGCAGCGGCAGCGAGUUGGCAGCGGCGGGGUGGAGAGGCCGUCCGGGAGUCGCGCCGCCGAUGCCACCGCGCCGCGCGUUCGGGCUGCGCGCCUCCUGCUGAGCGCGCCGGGGGCCCGGGGACAUGGAGGCCGGCGUAGGGGGGACCCCCAAGGGGGUCUCCGCGAGAAGGACGAGGAGGAGUAGGGGGGCAGGGGACCUCUCGAGCCCCGUCGCCAUCCUCGCCGCCGUCGUCAGCCUCGCCGCCUUCGGGUUCACUCCCGGCUCGGCGGCGCCGGGAUUCACCGCACUGCGCUUCGUCACGGAGCCCUCGGACACGGUGGCGGUGCGCGCCUCUUCGGCUCGGCUCAACUGCUCGGCGCGGCCGGAGCGAGCGGGUGCCGAGGCGGCGCCGGGUGCCGAGGCGGCGCCGGGCGCCGCCGGCGAGGAUGACGUGGGGCCCGCCGUGCGCGUGGAGUGGAAGCGCGACGGGGUCUUCCUGGCGCUGCCGCUGCAGGCCGAGGGUGAGCAGCAGCAGCAGCAGGAGGAGCGCAGGGUGGUGCUGGCGAGCGGCGCACUGCUGCUGCGCUCUGUGCAGCACGGGAGGGGCAGCCGCUCGGACGAAGGCCGCUACGAGUGCGUUGCCACGGCCCCUGGCAUCGGCACCAUCGUGAGCCGCGCUGCUCGGCUCUCCAUCGCCGGAGCGGUGCGCGUGGCGGCCGGCCCGGGCCACGUGUCGGUGCACGCCGGCGACGGCGCGGUGCUGCCGUGCGAGGUGAGCGGGGAGCCACGGCCGUCGGUGCGGUGGCUCAAGGACGUCGGGGAGCCGGGCGCGGCGCUCCGAGUUGUACCGCUGCCAGAUGGGGCCCUGCAGAUCUCCCGCGCCGAGCCCACUGACGCCGGCACCUACCGAUGCGUGGCGGAAAACGCGGCGUUCUCCCGGACGGGCGACGACAUCCGACUCACGGUGGUGCCUGAGCCGGGCGUCGCUCGGCGGGCCGCCUUCCUGCGCGUGCCCAAGGACGUGGAGGCGCUGCUGGGCCAGGCCGCCAUGCUGGAGUGCUCGGCCAGUGGGUUUCCCCGGCCCACUGUCCGGUGGGAGAAGGGAGGCAAGGCCGUGCACGAGAGCGAGCGCGUGAAGGUGGCGGGCGGGGGCCACCUGCUUGUGGAGGUUGUGACCCCGGGGGACGCGGGACUCUACUCCUGCACCGUCGGGGAGGGCGCCGACACCAUGCAGGCCAGCGCCGUGCUCACCGUACACGCUCCCCCGCGGUUCUCCUUCCCCCCGCGGGACGCGCUGGCGCACGAGGGGGCGGACGUGGAGCUGCCGUGCGGCGUGGAGGGGAACCCCGCGCCCUCCAUAAAGUGGCUUAAAAACGGCGACACCGUCAUUCCCGGCGACUACUUCCACAUCGCGGAGGAGCACACGCUCAAGAUCCUCGGCGUCGUCAAGUCGGACGAAGGGAUGUACCAGUGCAUCGCGGAGAACGAGCACGGGAACAUACAGGCGGGCGCGCGGCUCUUCGUCGCGGACAGAGCUGGAGCUCGGACCGGUGGCGGUUCCGGAGGGGCGGCCCCGGCGCCGUCGGCCCCGCGCGACCUCGUCGCGGCCGUGGUGUCGACGCGCUUCGUGCGCCUCGUGUGGCGCGCGCCGGCCGAGCCGCGUGGCGACAUCACGGCCUACGCCGUCUUCCACUCGCGCGACGGCGCCAGCAGGGAGCGCGUCGUGAACACCAGCAAAACGGGCGACCUCCAGAUCACCGUUUCUGACCUCCGACCCGAGACCACGUACGCCUUCCGAGUGGUGGCCUACAACAGGCAUGGGCCGGGCGAGAGCUCCGCGCCGCUCAAAAUCUCUACCCAGCCGGAAGUGCAAGUGCCGGGCCCCCCCGUGGGCCUGCAGGCGACGGCGCUGUCCCCCACGUCGGUGUCCGUGUUCUGGCAGCCGCCGCUCUCGGGCAACGGGCCGAUCGUCAACUACCGCCUCCUCUACGUGGAGCGUGGCAAGGGCCCCACCGGCGAGCAGGAAGUGGACGUGGAGGGCCUCUCGUUCGUCGCCCACGGCCUCAAGAGGUUCACCGAGUACAGCUUCCGCGUCGUGGCCUUCAACCGGCACGGCCCGGGCCUCUCGUCCGAGGACGUGAUGGCGCGCACGCUGUCGGAUGUGCCGAGCGCACCCCCCCAGAACGUGACGGUGGAAGUGCUCAACUCUAAGGCCAUCCUGGUGCGGUGGCAGCCCCCGCCCCCCGGCGCGCACAACGGCGUCAUCGUCGGAUACCGCAUCCGGCACCGCAAGACCGGGCGGCGCAGCGAGGCGGAGGUCACGGAGAGCAGCCAGCUGUGGCACCAGCUCGCCGGCCUGGAGCGGGGCACCGAGUACAGCUUCAAGGUGUCGGCGCUUACGGUGAACGGGACGGGGCCCUCCUCCGACUGGGUCUCCAGCGAGACCUUCGAGGAGGACUUGGACGAGUCGCGCGUGCCUGAGCAGCCGAGCUCGCUGCACGUGCGCCCGCUCACGACGAACAUCGUGGUGAGCUGGACCCCGCCGGCCGGCAGCGACGUCAUGGUGCGCGGCUACUUCAUCGGCUACGGCGUGGGCAGCCCCUACGCCGACACGGUGCGCGUGGAUGCCAAGCAGCGCUACUUCACCAUCGAGGGACUCGAGCCCAACCACCAGUACGUGAUCUCCCUGAGGGCCUUCAACAACAUGGGCCAGGGAGUGCCUCUCUACGAGAGUGCCACCACCCGCUCCAUCACGGACUCGAUGGACCCCUCGGAGCCCGACCCGUUUGACCUUUUCUCGGACGCUUUCACGGCAGUCCCCGAGCCGCCCACGCCCAUGCUGCCCCCCGUGGGCGUCCAAGCGCUGGUGCUGGGGCCCGACACGAUCCGCAUCACCUGGGCCGACAACUCCCUCCCCAAGAACCAGCGCAUCCCGGACGCGCGCUACUACACCGCGCGCUGGAAGACGUACUUCACCAACAACGCCAAGUACAAGAUGGCAAACUCGACGACGCUGAGCUACCUGGUGACGGGGCUGAAGGCGAGCACGCUCUACGAGUUCUCCGUGAUGGUGACGCGCGGACGCAGGUCCAGCACCUGGAGCAUGACUGCGCAGAGCACCACCCUGGAGGCCGUGCCCACGUCCGCACCGAAGGAUCUCACCAUCAUCAGCAAGGAAGGGAAGCCGCGCAUCGUCAUCGUGAACUGGCAGCCUCCGUCUGAAGCCAACGGCAAAAUCACAGGCUACAUCAUCUACUACACGACUGACAAGUCCGCGGAGCUGCACGACUGGGUGAUCGAGCCCGUGGUGGGCGACCGCCUCUCGCACCAGGUGCAGGAGCUCACGCUCGACACGCUCUACUUCUUCAAGAUCCAGGCGCGCAACUCCAAGGGCAUGGGCCCCAUGAGCGAGCCGGUCACCUUCCGCACGCCGCGAGCACCAGCUUCUGGCAGGGGCGCUCCAGGCAGUGGCAUCGCUUGGGCUGGGAGCCCCAGUCUCCUAAACCGUGCCACUUAUAAUGACGGCCCCACGGGGCAGCAGCACCCCCUGCAGAGCAGCCGCGGCUCGGCGCUGGACAGCAACAACAACCUCCUCCUCGUCAUUGUCAUCGUGACGGUGGGCGGCCUCACCGUCAUCUGCGCCAUCGUCGUGGCCGUGGUGUGCACGCGCCGCUCGGCCGCCGCCGUCAAGAGCAAGCGAGCCGCGCCAAAGUCUCCAAACGGUGUGGGCAAGCGCAAGGGCAGUCCCAAGGACCUGAAGCCUCCGGACCUGUGGAUCCACCACGAGACCGUGGCUCUCAAGCCGCUCGACAAGGCCCAGGGCCCGGGCGCCGGCGGGGGCCCCGUCGGCGGCGGGCCCGGCGGCGGUGGGCCGGGCCCCUCCGGCCCGUCCGGCCCAUCGGGCCCGGCCGGCCCGCACGCGGCUCCGCAGGGGGGCGGCGGGCCGGACGUGGAAGGCGGCGACGCCUUCACCAACCACCGGAGGGGCUCCUACUCAGGCAAGCGAGGCGAGGACGGCAUCUCGUCGUCUCUGGAACGCUCGAUAGCGGCGCGCCAAGCCAUGCGCCUCAAACUGGCCGUGCCCUCCGAGCACAAACACACGGCGCCGCACCACCACCACCAACAGCAGCACCACCACCACCACCACCACGCGCAUCUCGGCCACUCGGCCGCGCUGCUUCCGAGCCCGGCCCCUCCCCCCGUGCCGUCCCCCCCGGCGUCCCCCUUGCGCCACCACUACCCCCCCUGCCAGCCGCCGCACUACGGCGCUCACUACCCGGGCUCCCCCCCCGGGGCCCCGCAGGAGCGUGGGAGUCGCCUCGUCGAGAUCGUGGGAGUGGACGUGGAGGAGCUGCGGAGCGGGGGGCUGCCCCCCCUCCCGCCGGCGGGGGAGGGCCCGUCGAGCGGAGAGUAUGAGGAGCCGCGGCCCGUCGUGCCCACGGCACACGUGCGGCCCACACAGCCCCUGCGCAGCUUCGCGGUGCCCCUCGUGUCGGCCCACGGGGGGCUGCGCCCCUCCGACAGCCCCCUCCUGUCCCACCACGCAGGUGGACACAGCCCUCUCGUGUCCCACCACGCAGGGAGCGGCUCGCCGAAGGUGGCGACGCUCGGAACCCUGGGACGGCUGCGCGUGCCGCUGCCCGUGAUCCUGCCCAGCGCCCCGGACUCGUCGGCCCACGACUCGCAGACCUUCGAGGACUCGGACAGCCCGGCUUGGUGAGUCACAUUGCUCGAACCAGUCGCCCGUUUCUCCCGACGGCAGCGAAUCGGCAUUGCCAUGAGACCCGUAAACCGCCUCACGCUGUGGCUUUGGUGGCGAUCCUCCUUCCUUGCAGACCUACGGGCACGACGACAACGACGACGACGACGACGACGAAGACGACCUCAGCGCUGAGAUGGCGAACCUUGAGGGCCUCAUGAAAGACCUCAACGCCAUAACCUCCGCGGGAAUCUGACCCAUUUCUUUACAAAUGGAUCUCUGGGCGAGCGAACGACAGUCGCGUUUAUAGUUCACGUUGCACGUCGUUCUGGCGGUGUUUUUCAUAGCUCUGGGAAUCAUAAAGCAAGCCGCCGCUCUCCAGGAGAUCUUGAAAACUCGGGAAAUCGCGUCGCUCUGCAAGAUGUUCACGACGCCGACAAGCAUGUAGCGCGCGCGACGGAGCAGCGUCUUCAGAGAGAUCCUUCGAGACGCCUUCCGUCCCUGCUGGGGGGUGGGGUGGGGUGGGGUGGGGGGCACGCGGGCGAUCGGCCACGGAGGAGGAAGUGGAGCUGCGGUGGAGCGCCGACGGAGGAGGGAGCCGAAGCGGGGCCCUGGAGCUCACGUCCGAUCUCCUGCCCCGGCUGCCCCCGGGAGGCAAGCCCAAGCGAUGGCAAAUCGGGAAUCAUGCCGUGAACUUUCUUUAUACGUCGGAGGACAUUUUAUAAAUAGGUGUUUUGCUUCCUACUCAAGCCCCGUUUAUACUUGUACUUUUAUUUUUAAAGCUUGUAGAUAGCAGUUGUUGUUGUUUUUUUUUAUAAAUUGUUAAAUGUACAUAAUUAUUAAGUGGGUGUUGUUGUUCAAUGAGUGCUUUGCUACAUUGCAUAAAGGCUAACGGUUGGGAUUUGCCAGCAGCUUUGGGUGUUACCACCACCUCUGACGUUGCGCCUGUACCGCCGGGGCAUGUACAAAGCCAUACCGUGAGGUCCGCCGUGAUUGUGUUCCCAAUAUCGCCGUGCGUGUGUUGUGGUUUUUUAUACGCAGUGAAACGGAUUUUUGAUAUGAAAUAUUUCGGUUUUUUUGUUAUCAUUUUUUUGUUGUAAGUUAUACUAUGUAUAGAAUUAGUCUUUACGUAAGUGUUUUAAAAUAACUUGUAUAAACAUGUUUUUUUGUUAAAGGAUGUAAAACAACAAAAAUUUUGAGAAAUGUAAUAUGCGGUUAAAGGGAGUAACCGCGGGGUGGAUUCAAUCAAGUCAACAAACAUUUGGAAAAAUAUAAUAUGCGGUUAAAGGGAGUGACCACGGGGUGGAUUAAUUCAAACCAACAAACAUUUGGAAAAAUUCUAGAUUUGAAGCUUUCGUGACUGCAAGGAUUCAUACUCUUUGUUUUUUUUUCGGUAAAGUCACGUAGGUGGAUCAAUUCAAACAAAACAAACAUUUUGAAAAAUAAAAUAUGCGUUUGAAGGGAGUGUGAGCGCACCCCGAGCGUGUUGGGUUCGUGCCGCCCUGCCGUGCCAUGCGCGCCACGCCGGGAGUCGUCACCCACGUGGCCGGUGACGAUCUCCAGGCCACGAGCGCGCGGCGGAGACGCAACGCGGAGCGAACCGGUGGGGGGGGGGAGGGGGAGGGUUUGUGCUAAAUUAAAAAUUUGUGUUUUUUUUGUUUAAAAGUUGCUUUAAAACAAACGUGUUGUCGUGCAAACCGCCCCCACUACACCCCCCCCCCCCCACAAGUCGAAAUAAAGAAUGAAUAUGCAAUUGUCUUUCCGCAAGAGACGUAUGCCGAGGUGUUUUUUUUUCCCCCGGUGUUGGUAAGAUGGACCACGAGCGUCGCGCCGUUGUUCUAUCACUUUGCUGGGGUUUAUUUUUUUUUGCCUCAUUCCACUUUUGCUCUUGUCACUGAUGAGCCGCCGGGACACACCGUUAGGAUGGCCGUAUUCAAUAGGCACUGGAGGCACCUGUGCCUAGGGCCUCAGAAAACUUAAUGGCCUACGAAAAAAGAUGUGACCGUGUAUUUUUGUUUGCAUGAUAAACAAAAAUAUUACCAAGAUAUUCUUGAAUAAAUAUAUUCGUAUAGCAAGGAUAGCACAGUGUAUACACAAAGAGGCAGGGUCAUGUCAAUCUUUAAUUUAUUUUUAUUAGGUGAGAGAAAUUAACACCGGGGAGGAACUUUUCGAGAUUUUUGUUCAUUGCAAAAUUAGCAGGGACAUCUUCAAAAACGGUGUUUUUCGCACAUUCUCAAUAGAGUCGUGCGAGAGAAGACAAAGGCGGAAUUGUCCGAUGGUUGAUCGGGGACAGUUUUAGCUUCGAAAAAGAACGCUCCCCUUCACAAUUCGUUCCCAAGAUGGCAAGCUACAUCCUACAGCAAUGUAAACAUUCGGAAAGAUGCUCAUCAUCUUAUCAGAUAUUUGGGCUUUGAGCAUAUCUAUAUAAGGUAAACUGGGGGAAUAUGGUAACUCAUUUUUAUAUGCAGUAAUUUUUCACAAAAGUUUGUAUUUUAGAAAAUGUGUUAAUUAUUUUUGCCGCUUGAUUUAUUGGCUGCUCGUUGCGAUUUCUUUGCAGUGGUAACAAGUCAUUGACUAGUUGGAAGUGAGGCAUAUUUACACCUAAAAUAAGAGUCAAAUCUUUAACGAAAGUCAAGCAAUAUGGCGCUCGCCAUUCGGUUGUCCCGUCAGAACAUUUAAUUUGUUAUCGAUAAAAAAUGAACGUCGUCCUUAUAAAGCUGCUGCGUCAUCUGAUAUGAUAAUCAUAGUAAAAAAUAAUCAUAGUAAAAAAAAAAUAGUUGGAGAAAUUUACGCUUGCAAUAUGUUUUGUCUUACGUUGUUUUUUUUGUAAUAAUUUCAAAUUAAAUAUGCUUAACUGCGGCACCACAGCGCGCAAAGACCAAAUAAUGAAUGCAUCAGUCGCGACAUCUGUCCAGCGGCUGGACGAAGCCCGCAUAAAACAAGCGGAGUGACAGCGACGGUAGUCGUGGCGUGGGGCAGCAGCAGCAGUACCAACUUGUAGAAACAUUAUCACUGACGGCCUCCGAAACAGAAGUGCCUAGGGACUACAAUAACCUGAAUCCGGCCCUGAGGGUGAAGGCGUUAAUGAAUCGUACACACGACACAAAUUACAACCGGCAUAGACGCAGCUGCCGGGGGAAAAGAAAGCAUUUUUAAACAACUUACAUUGUGGCCUAAUGAACAUGGAAAAGGGCAGAGGCUGAAACUGCACAGAGGAGUUUGCAUCCAAGGGAUUUCCAGACAACGGGAGCAGAAGCCGAGAAGGAGCGACCUCCCGUGGGACGGAGGCUGACUUGCCGGACCUUCAGCAAUCCGCACCGAGGGCUUCCCCCCCAUUCAGUCCAGCCAGCUGAGGUUUUACUGCAUCUUCUAUUUCGCAUUCAAAAGGAACCUAUCCAACUUUAGCCAUUUCAGCCUCUGGUGAACAGCAUUCCAAAGGCAUUGCCCUCAAAUCAACCGCUUACCACCAACCACCACCAAUCCCCAAACAUCAACGAACACCGAUAAAACUACAGGAGACCUCCAUGCAGGGCGGGAUUAAUGUUCUUGUUGGCCCAAGGCACUUGUGUUUCGUCGGCCUUCAGUGAUCACUCUCUACGGUUGGAACUGCCGCCCCAUGUUGCUACGACCGCCGCUGCCACUCCGCUUGUUUCACGCGCAGAACAACAACGCCUUUGCCUUCUCUUGCACUACUCUCUGUUGAGAUAUGAGGUUGUCCGAAAAACACAAUUUAAAGAUUUUAUUUGAUAAUUUUGCAAUGUAAAAAUCUCGAUAAGUUAAAAUCCGGUGUUCAUUUCACUCACCUUAGGACAAAAAAAGUCGAUUGACAUGACUCUGCCUACCUGUAUACACACUGCCUAUCCUUGCUAAAUAAAACAUUUAUUAAAGAAAAUA